AUGUUAUCAGUGUAUAGUGUAUUAAAACCUCCAAAAACUGGAAACUGUAUUUUUGAGAACAACGAACCUUCCAAAAGUUUAAUUAGCUUGGAUAGUAUCAAAAACAUAUAUAAGAAUCCAGAAAAAAAAUCAGUGCUGGAAACCAUUCGUGUAAAAUUAGAUUUUGCCAUUGAACAAGAUGACUGGACUAUAGAUGAUGUAGUUGAAAAUAGUGAUCAUGAUAGUUUUUUGGCACCAGUAGUUGACUGUGUAAUUUAUUAUGUAACUGGAUAUUUAUGCAAGCAAGUUUUACGCUACAGUAAAUGUGCAGUUUGUCGUUCAGCAAUAAUACAGUCUAAUGUUUCAUUUGAACCAGUUGCUCGUCUUACAAACAUGAAAUCUAGAGGAUUUUUAUUACACCCAAACAAAUAUUUUUUUAAUUUUAUUUGUAAAAUAGAAAAUUUAUUUUUUAAAUAUUUUAUGAUGGCUGAUGUGUGUGAAUUAAUCUUAGCAGAUUUGUUGGAGAAUAAUACUUUAUAUUUCCCUUGCUUUGAACACAGCGAACAAAUAAUUGCAUUUAGUAUUAGAUAUUAUAUUAAUAUGAGGAUGAGGCAGUUUUCUUACAAGCACAACUCGGAUGUAAAGAAUUAA